AUGGUUGGCUACGUCGACAACGUAACUUGCGAGAAUCGAGAAGGGGGGUCGGAGUCGAUGAAAAGUCUCCUCUACGACACGGAAGGGCACUUCGGGGAACAAGGAGGGUCACCGAAGCAGGCCCGGGCAGCAGCGAGCUCUCACGCGGUGCAAACAGAUACUCAACAACGAUUCCCAUUCCGUUCGAUGCUUGGCGAGCGGCCAGCCGCUAAAUCACAAGCGCGUCAUCGCCGAUCAUCGUCGCAUGCUUUUCCGCAAUCACGUUUUCACUUCAUUUAUCACAACAAACAGCAAUUAGUUUGUCUGACUACUGAGAAGUGGCGAGCUACAUCAAUCGUGAUUCUACGAUCGAGUGAUUCGUCCAAUCUUCACCUUUCACAUACUGUGAUUUGA